AUGGUAUUAGAUUCUUAUGCAAUUACUUUGAUUUCUAACGUCUUAUUUACUCUGAUUCCUAACAAUGUUACUCUGAUUCCUAACACCUUAUUGGUAUCAGAUGCUUAUGUAGUUACUCUAGUAUCAGAUGUUUAUGCAAUUACUUUGAUUCCUAACAGUGUGGUAUCAGAUGCUUAUGCAGUUACUCUGAUUCCUAAUAGUGGUAUCAGAUGCUUAUGCAAUUACUCUGAUUUCCUAACAGUUUACCUUGAUUUCCUAACAGUGGUAUUAGAUGUUUAUGCAGUUACUCUAAUUCUUAACAGUGAUGCUUAUGCAGUUACUUUGAUUCCUAAUAGUGUGAUAUCUCCUAAUGUUUAUGCAAUUACUCUAAUUCUUAACAAUGUUACUCUUAUUCCUAACAAUAUGCCUUAUGUAGUUACUUUGAUUCCUAAAAGUAUGUUAUAUGCAGUUACUCUGAUUCCUGACAGUGAUAUUAGAGGCGAUAAUUGGUUUCUUAUUCGUGCAUGUCUAGCAAAAUUCCUUUCUUAUUCGUGUAUGUAUAGGAAAAGUCCUAUCAAAGCCCCUAACAAUGGUAUAAGAUCUGAUGGUUGUGAAGGGGUUCGUGGGGCACAGAUGAGUGGUGUUUGUUUGCGCGAUGUGGGACAUGGCAUUCGCAGGCACCUCUUACAUGUUUGGGAGCAUAUCGUCGGUGAUAAAGAGCAGCAUGGGUUUCAACCAGAAGCAGCAUGGGUUUCCCCCAUUUGGGCUCUCUUUCUCGUUGGGAUCUUCCAAAAUGUUCUCGGUUAUGGCCUUGUUUGGCUUCUCAUCACGCACCGCAUUCGGUCUUUGCCUUUCUGGCAGUUUGAAUCAGAUUUAAGUGACGCACACGCUCUGUUCGAUGAAAUUCCUCAACCGAAUGCCGUUACUUUGAACACUAUGAUAUCUGGGUACGUCCACGCUGGCCAAUUUCGAAACGCUUUGUCGUUUUUCAUGCGCCUUGAGAGGUCCCAUGUUUGUGGCGACGCGUUUUCUUUCACCAUUGUGGUUGCAAACUGCUUGAUUGACCUGUAUGGGAAAUGCGGACCUGUGGAAUAUGCUGUAAGGGUGUUCUCUGAGACUGUUGAGAACGAUGUUAUAUCUUGGAAUUCAAUCAUAGCGGCAAGUGCUAACAACGGGUACAUUGAACUUGCUUACAAGUUUUUGAACCUUGUGCCCAACCCUGAUACUGUUUCCUAUAAUGGCCUCAUAAAUGGAAUUGCUCAGGUGGGGAACAUGGAAGAUGUUGUUCAUGUUUUGUCAAGUCUGCCAAAUCCAAAUUCGUCUUCAUGGAAUUCGGUAAUUUCGGGAUUUGUUAAUAAGAAUCGAACUAGGGAAGCUUUGGAUAUGUUCUGUAAAAUGCACUUGAAAAAUGUAGAGAUGGAUGAAUUCACAUUUUUAACUAUUUUAGAUGGAAUUGCCAGUUUGGCUGCCUUAACGUGGGGAAUGUUGAUUCAUUGCUGCACAAUAAAGUGCGGUUUAGAUGAUUCUGUAGUUAUUGGGAGUGCCCUAAUUGACAUGUACUCAAAAUCGAGGCUUUUGAUGUUUUCCUGA